UAUUCUUAGGACGGACAUGCAAUGUGCAGACCCAAACCUCCCUAAUUUAUCUGAAAAAUCUGUAAUAUUUACUGAGUGACGACCACUGCAGAGGUAAUCAGAUUGAGUCAUUUGACGGCUUCUAGCGAUUUCUACGACAGCCAAUCGCGAUUUACCUUGCUAAGAAGUUGACCGAAGUCAUGUGAUGUGGAGUUUCAAGGAAUCGAAACCAAUGUAACAGUCUGUGUUAUCAUAUUUGCUCGCGGCCUUCGUGGUUUAUUGUCCCCCGAGGUAAGACACUCGCCGCUGGAAGUCUUCCUGUCUCGUCCUGCUCGCUCAUCACACCAUUUUGGCUGCGGAUCAAUGAACUUCCCAAUUUAAAGGAAGGAGGAAGAAUGGACUCGCAGAGAAAGAAACGCAGGAAAGAAAUACAAGCUUCUCUGAAUUUCAUACAGUCUUCACUGGCGUAUCCGGAUCGUGAAGGCUACAAGGACUUUUUGAUUAAGUUGGUAAUCUCUCUUCUCGAAGAGGGCAACAGCUGGUUCAGAGAUGGCCACUGGGAGCAGGCAGUGGGCGAGUUCAGCGAAGGCUUGAAUGUUUCUCACUAUGUCUCAGGAGAGGGAUUCCACAUUCCUCAGGAUUUAUUGGAGAGUCUGUAUGUCAAUCGGGCGACUGCCUACCAUAGCAUGAAGGAAUACGAUAAUUGCAUGAAGGACUGUGACAAAGCUCUGGAGAUGUGUAAAAAAAGCCACAAGGUGCUCUACUUGAAGGCCCUUUGCUUGAAGCAGCUUGGCAAGUACAAGGAGGCUUAUGACUGCACACGCGACUGUCUGCUCAUCGCACAUCAGGACAAACAGGUGAAUGAACUCGCGGAGGAACUUGCCAAUCAUCUGGGAUUGAAAAAACGAAAGCCCUACGUGUCUUACCAUGUAGGAAAUGUUACAAACCCUUUGAGUAAAAUUGCACCAGUCAAUUUUCCCAGCGUGCCUCAAUGUGUCCUCCCCGACAAAGCAAAUGACGGAAAACAGUCUGCCGUCUCCGUCCUGGACAGCCCGGACCCUUUAGAGGACUGCGAGCUGAUAGGAGACGACCUGGACAAUCUGCUCGACUGCGUUCCUAAUGAACAUUUCGCUGCUGAGGUUCACGUUCAGAAAGCAGCCUCACUUCCCAGCAUGGAAAGCACUUUUCCGUUGACUGUUCCAACGCCUCAUCUCCCGCCAGCCUUCUUGAGCUCUUCCAUGAGUGGAAUAAACUCCACGAGCUCCCUUUCACUUGGCGGUCAAAACUCACUAGAUACCCUCGAUGACCUGUCAUCUCCACACGGACUGCAUUCCUUAGACAACCUCCCGGGAGGCGUAGCUGGUGCAAGUCUGAAGACACCAGUACUAGAUUCCCUGGAUGAUCUCUUGGUGGCGGCUCCUCGCGCUGUAUCGCGAGAAGCCGCUCAGCCCAAAACAGAACAACUUGAGAAGCCAUUUUCUGAUUUCCGGCUCACCUGUGAUCCGUCUGCUCAACUCGGUUCCGUGUUGAGUGUGACUCAGCAGCACUCCCUGGAUUCUUUGGACUCGUUUCCUGCAGUGAAAGGUCAAGGGCAUUCUCCGCCCACACUCGCACAGAAGGGAACAGGCUUGGACUUGCGCAGUGAUUUCAGCUCCGCCGCAACACAAACUCCGGUGCCAAACACUCUGUCUGCCACCCACGACUUCAUGCAAGCUUGUUCUAGUUGCUUUGCUCGCGAAGAUCGAGCGACAUACACCUUCAUUCACAAACCUGACCUGCACCACAGCUGUGAGCGAGAUAUUCUCUUGUGCAGACGAAAAGGAGUUUUUCCCUCCGAGUGGACCAAAGUGCGACCCCCGCCGACAUGGACAGCCAUCACGGGGCCUUUUCUCCUUUGCAAACACGUGCAAAACCCUGCCGAUUUGGGCCUCUGUAGGUUUGGGGAAACGUGCCACUUUGCCUUUAACCAACUGGAAAUCGACGUUUGGACAGAGGAGAGGAAAGGGACCUUGGACAGAAAUAUGCUGUUUGGACCACUAGGUGUUGCCACUGGCAACCCAGUGAACAGCAUUAGACGCCUUCUACAGGAACACAAGGGCACGUUCUUAUUCCUGUGUCAGGAAUGCUAUAAUGGUUGGCCACGGAUUAUCAGUGAGCGCUGCCGAGACGAUCACACUGUGUGCUCUAACACAUUCGCCCGCCACUCCUUUGAUGCUAACAAGUGUUUAGCAUUUGAAGAGACGGCCACAAACUGCAACUACAGAAAAGUGCGUCCAUUUAACAUACUGGCCCACUUAAAAUUGUGCAGCCAAAAGAUUCGCGACGGAUGCCCUGGGGAGUACAGAUGCGCUAAUGCUCACUCAUUCAUUGAGCUACAAACCUGGAGGGUACAGCAUUACACAGGAAUCACAGCUGAUGAGAUUGUUAAAGUCUCAAAAAAAUAUCACGCGGGACAGGAGCAGAACACAGGGACGGAAAGGAAAUUGCGAUGUAGUGGAGUACCUGCUGCCGCAAAUGGUGAGGAAACACCAAAAGGCAAGAGUUUGAACAUGAAGAUGAAGUUUGUCUGCGCUGUCUGCUUACAAGACGGCCUCAUAAGUAUGCCGAACAAAACCCUCCAGUAUUGCUCUGCCAAGGCCAAGCACCCGUGGACCAAAGAGCAAAACACGCUGUUGGUGAAGUCCUUGGACAAGAAUAAUUGGGUUCCUGUCAGACCCCUUCCACAUACAAAAAACUUCCCUGCGCAAUAUGAAUUGUGCGGCUGGAUGUUGAACAAGAAGAAAUGUGAUUUCAUUGGGAACUGCUCCUUUGCCCACAGCACAGAGGAAAAGGACAUGUGGAUGUAUAUGAAGACUCAAAACGUCGUUGAAAUGCAGCAGAUAUACAACAUGUGGUUGGCACUAAGCACACAUAGUCGCCAAGCAGACAAAGCCGUGUCCACCCAGGAAAAAGACAUUGUCAUGCCAACAGACAAUGCCGAACCGACGUCUGGCUUCAACUGCCCUCUGUGUGGGAAGCACAGCAACAGCGAGCGGCAGUGGCAGCGACACAUCUCCACCACUAAGCACAAGGACCGCCUGUUCAGUUGUGAAGGAGAGGACGAGGCUUUGAAGUGGACUCACCGCUUCCCCGGCGUCUCCUUCGAGCUCUGCGCCAAGUCCGAAGCGGACUGCCCCGAUGGUGCCAGUUGUGAAUUUGCCCACAGUCCUGAGGAGUUGCAGGAGUGGAUCGAGAGACGAGAUUUCCUGUGUCGCAAAUUGGCCAAAGCGAGGGAAGACAACCUCAUCAUGCCUGAUGAAGUUGACUUUGGAAAGUACAACUUUAUACUUCAAGUCUAAGAAUUUUUUCAUCACAUUAAUUUGACCAUUUUUUAAAAAGAGUUGCAGUACCGUGAAAAAGUAUUUGCAUUCUCAUUGAAAAAAAAAUUUUUUGCAUCGUUUCACACAAUCAUCAUUUAAAAACCGCAUAUUAUGUUCAUUUGGGUCGUCUUUGUCAGGUAUUUUCAUUUGUUUGGUGAUCUUAAACAUUCAAGUGGGGAGACCUUAAAAAAGUAAACAUUUGAGAAGAGGCCAAUUACUUUUUUUACAGCACUGCACUUUCUUUCUUCCGUACUGCACAAUUUCCAUUCCCUUAUGUAGUCA